AUGGCGGCCAAGUACAAGUACCAAGACGAGGACGAUCGCGCAGCGGCCGAGGCGCUGAUCGGAGCGGCGGCCGGGCGCCAGAAGGCCGAGGCCGAGGCCAAGGCGCGGGCGGAACGGGAGGCGCAGGCGGCGGCGCAGAAGGAGCGGCGGCGGGCGCAGCACCAGAAGCAGCAGAAGGCGACGGCCGAGCACCAGGAGAUCCGGCGGCUGAUGCACGAGGAGGGCGUCGAGCUGCUCGAGGCGGACGAGGCGGAAAAGGUGACGGCGCUCGACGGGCUCGUGGGCACGCCGCUCGUCGGGGACGAGAUCGUCGAGGCGAUCCCCGUGUGCGCGCCGUGGAACGCGCUCGGGCGGUUCAAGUACAAGGUCAAGUUCCAGCCGGGGCCGGUCAAGAAGGGCAAGGCGGUCAAGGAGGUGCUCGAGCGGUGGAAGCUCGUGGCGACGAAGAAGGGCGUCGUUGACGAGCGGGCGCAGGACUCGGAGCGCAUGUGGCCGCGCGAGGUGGAGCUCAUCAAGGCGUUCAAGCCCGAGGAGGUCAUCAACUCGGUGCCCGUGGGCAAGCUCAAGGUCAUGAUGGGCGCUGGCGGCGGCGGCGGCGGCGGCAGCGGUGGCGGCGGAGGAAAGGGGUCAUCAGGCAAGGGGGGCAGAGGCGGCAAGGGAUCGAAGAGGAAGUAG